GACGACACUAUCGACACCAUCCCAUUGGCGUUCCUGUACAUUUUUCAGGGUACAGGUGGCGACCCUGUCAUCGAUUUUUCCAAUAUUUGUAGCCAAUGGGAUGAUCCUGUCUUCUCCGGCACCGCACUGGCCAACUGCCAGUCUGCCAUGGAGGCAGAUAUCAAACUGUGUCAGUCCAAGGGCAAGGCAAUCACGCUUAGCUUGGGCGGCGCGACUGGGCAAGUCGGUUUUUCGUCAGACUCGCAGGCGCAGAGCUUCGCGACCCAAGUGUGGAACCUGUUCCUCGGCGGCUCAAGCUCGACACGUCCCUUCGGCACCGCGAUUCUCGACGGACUUGACUUGGACAUCGAGAGCGGAACCCCCGCGCACUACGCUGCGUUCGUGAGCCAGAUUCGUUCGCUUGCUGCGCCGACGGGCAAGCAGUACCUCAUCACGGCGGCACCUCAGUGCCCGUACCCUGAUGCAUACAUCGGUGCUGCUCUCAACGAAGCCGACUUUGAUGCGGUUUACGUGCAGUUCUACAAUAAUUACUGCGGCCUGGACCAGCCUUCUGACUACAAUUUCGCGACAUGGGACAACUGGGCCAAGACCACGUCAUUCAACAAGAACGUCAAGGUUUACAUUGGCGCUCCUGGGUCUCCUGCCGCCGCCGGUACCGGCUAUGUCGACGUUUCCACGCUUGCUCAGUACGCUGCACAGGCACAGACCAACUACUCGUCUUUCGGCGGCGUCAUGAUGUGGGACGCAGACACCGCAUAUAGUACGUUGUCUGUCUGGUGA